CACACACUUAUUUUGGAUUUCAUACACUGAAUUACGGCAGGUGUUCAGUUUGCAUAUUGGUUAUAGGUGUGGUCAAAUUACAUUAUAUAACUGACACAUGCCCAUAACCAGACCAAAUCCAUCAGAAAAAGAGAGAUCACACAGACUCAUCUGCACAGCCAACAUGCUGCAGUUCCUGAUUCUCUUUCUGCUUCUGGACACAAGAACUGUCACUGGUGAAGGUGAUAUCAGGUUAGUGAAUGGCAGUAACUCAUGUUCAGGACGAGUGGAGGUUCUCUAUAAUGGGACAUGGGGAACAGUGUGUUCAGAUAACUGGGAUCUUUUAGAUGCUGCAGUGGCAUGCAGAAAUCUGGGCUGUGGAAAUGCUAUAGAUGUAACGUUUAAUGCAACUUUUGGAGAAGGUUUAGGACAAAUAUGGCUGGAUGAUUUAGCUUGUGAUGGCACAAAGUCCUCAUUUUUAACCUGUGCAGUACCAUCAUGGGGAGUGAACUACUGUGGACAUAGCCAAGACGCUGGAGUCAUUUGUCAAGCCUCUGUUAGAUUAGUAAACGGCUUCAGCUCUUGUUCUGGACGAGUGGAGGUCCUUCAUGAUGGUCAAUGGGGAACAGUGUGUUCAGAUUCCUGGGAUCUGUCAGAUGCUGCAGUUGCAUGCAGAGUUUUGGGCUGUGGAGAUGCUAUUGAGGUAAAGACUGAUGCAUUUUUUGGAGAAGGUUCAGGACAAAUGUGGUUGGAUGGUUUGGCAUGUAAUGGAACUGAGCCUACAUUUUCAUACUGUGGAGAACCAUCAUGGGGAGUAAACACCUGCGGACAUAGCCAAGAGGCUGGAGUCAUUUGUCAAGCCUCUGUUAGGUUAGUAAACGGUUUCAGCUCUUGUUCUGGACGAGUGGAGGUCCUUCAUGAUGGUCAAUGGGGAACAGUGUGUUCAGAUUCCUGGGAUCUGUCAGAUGCUGCAGUUGCAUGCAGAGUUUUGGGCUGUGGAGAUGCUAUUGAGGUAAAGACUGAUGCAUUUUUUGGACAAGGUUCAGGACAAAUAUGGUUGGAUGAUUUGGCAUGUAAUGGAACUGAGCCUACAUUUUCAUACUGUGGAGAACCAUCAUGGGGAGUAAACACCUGCGGACAUAGCCAAGAGGCUGGAGUCAUUUGUCAAGCCUCUGUUAGGUUAGUAAACGGGUACAGCUUUUGUUCUGGACGAGUGGAGGUCCUUCAUGAUGGUCAAUGGGGAACAGUGUGUUCAGAUAACUGGGAUCUGUCAGAUGCUGCAGUUGCGUGCAGAGUACUGGGCUGUGGAGAUGUUAUUGAGGUAAAGACUGAUGCAUUUUUUGGACAAGGUUCAGGACAAAUAUGGCUGGAUGAUUUAGCUUGUAAUGGAAAUGAGCCUACAUUUUCAUCCUGUGGAGGACCGCCAUGGGGAGCAAACAACUGUGGACAUAGUCAAGACGCUGGAGUCAUUUGUCAAGCAUCUGUUAGGUUAGUAAACGGCUUCAGCUCUUGUUCUGGUCGAGUGGAGGUUCUUCAUAAUGGGACAUGGGGAACAGUGUGUUCAGAUAACUGGGAUCUGUCAGAUGCUGCAGUUGCGUGCAGAGUACUGGGCUGUGGAGAUGCUAUUGAGGUAAAAACUGAUGCAUUUUUUGGACAAGGUUCAGGACAAAUAUGGCUGGAUGAUUUAGCUUGUAAUGGAAAUGAGCCUACAUUUUCAUCCUGUGGAGGACCGCCAUGGGGAGCAAACAACUGUGGACAUAGUCAAGACGCUGGAGUCAUUUGUCAAGCAUCUGUUAGGUUAGUAAACGGCUUCAGCUCUUGUUCUGGUCGAGUGGAGGUUCUUCAUAAUGGGACAUGGGGAACAGUGUGUUCAGAUAACUGGGAUCUGUCAGAUGCUGCAGUUGCGUGCAGAGUACUGGGCUGUGGAGAUGCUAUUGAGGUAAAGACUGAUGCAUUUUUUGGACAAGGUUCAGGACAAAUAUGGCUGGAUGAUUUAGCUUGUAAUGGAAAUGAGCCUACAUUUUCAUCCUGUGGAGGACCGCCAUGGGGAGCAAACAACUGUGGACAUAGUCAAGACGCUGGAGUCAUUUGUCAAGCAUCUGUUAGGUUAGUAAACGGCUUCAGCUCUUGUUCUGGUCGAGUGGAGGUUCUUCAUAAUGGUGUAUGGGGAACAGUGUGUUCAGAUUACUGGGAUCUGUCAGAUGCUGCAGUUGCAUGCAGAGUACUGGGCUGUGGAGAUGCUAUUGAGGUAAAGACUGAUGCAUUUUUUGGAGAAGGUUCAGGACAAAUAUGGCUGGAUGAUUUAGCUUGUAAUGGAAAUGAGCCUACAUUUUCAUCCUGUGGAGGACCGCCAUCGGGAGCAAACAACUGUGGACAUAGCCAAGACGCUGGAGUCAUUUGUCAAGCUAAAUCUUCUGUUAGGUUGGUAAAUGGCAGUGACAUUUGUUCUGGACGAGUGGAGGUUUAUCAUGAUGGUCAAUGGGGAACAGUGUGUGAUGAUGGCUGGGAUCUAUCAGAUGCUGCAGUGGUGUGUAGAGAACUGGAUUGUGGAUAUGCUAAAGAUGCAAAGUCUAAUGCUUAUUUUGGACAAGGUUCAGGACGAAUAUGGCUGGAUGAUGUUACUUGUACUGGAACCGAGUCUACUCUAAAAAGCUGUAGAUCAAAUACAUGGGGAGUACACAACUGUGUGCAUGGUGAAGAUGCUGGAGUCAUCUGUCAAAAUAACUUCACCUAUAUCAAUGAAUCAAAAAGCUGGAUUGAUGCACUGAAGUAUUGCCAAACUCAUCAUCAGACUCUUGCUCACAUAUUAAAUGCUACAGCACAGAUGCACAUUACACGGAUGCUGCAGGGUAUAGAAAUUACCAAUGGCGUGUGGAUAGGACUUCAAAGAAAAAUGCUCAUCAAUUCAUCCCCUUGGCUGUGGACUGAUGGGUCUCUUGUAAACUUUGCUUUUUGGCAUCCCAGUUUUUCAAUGAAUCGACAAGGCAGGUUUUGUGGAAAACUGCUUAAGAAUACAAGAAGUAACACAUUUGGAUGGGUGGAUGAUUGCUGCUUUCAGAGGCUUCCUUUCAUCUGUCAGGGAUGAAACACUUGGUGCGCUUCUUCCAACAUUUGACUCUGUGGCUGAUGCUGACAGAAAUUUAGGCUGUCAUGACCAUUUUUUCAUCUUUCUUUCUAAAUUUGUUACAAUAAAAUGCUCUGGUGGGUGGUAGGUAACUCCGUAUAAAUAUUAAUGAUAAGUGAAAUCUUGAAAUCUUAUAAAAAUAUCCUUUAAUAUCCUUUGUUUGUCAGCUUAUAUGAAAUGUAUGUCUACUAAAUCAUUACAAAGUAAAUGUUGGCUAAUUUGUUUAAUUUAAUACAGAAUUAUAUUAUUGUAAGGGUUUUGUCUCGUGUUCUGUUUUGUUUUGAACUUUUAUUUUGAUAUCUUGUCUUGUCACGUUACAAUUAUUAAAUUUUUAUUUUAUUUUAUUUGAUAUCAUAUUUUACAAUAAAUUUUUUUGCAAAAUAUUUUAAUACAGGCCUAAUAAUAAAAACAACAAC